AAAAUGAUUCUUUUGUUGAGGAAUCGUUUUCAUUUACAGAACAUCAUUCAAAUAAUUUUUGAUAAGAUUUUAUCAUCAAAAAGACGAUGAGCUAGAACAACCACUAGUAAACAUAAGUGACACAACCAGAGAUAAUCAUUUAUUAUUAGUACUAUAUGCCACAAGUAAGAGUUAAGUCCAGUUAGCUAUUAUCUUCUAUGUUCUGAUUCGGAUAUGGGGAAUAUUGACAAGGAUCAGCCGGAAAAUAACAUCCCCAAGAGAGCAGCCUUCUUCUUAAUUCUUCUGCCAUUGAUUUAUGCUGCAUUUUACAGAUCCAACAAUAUCAGCUCAUCACUUCAUUUAUGGAAGAACCAAAUUUCAAAUUGGAGCGGUGGGUGGAGCAGCAACGGAGGAGUCACCCGAGAAGAUGUUCAUGGAGAUUCCAUAAGUUUACUUGUUCAGAGACUUGUAAGAGGAAGAAAUCGAAUUGAACUCGAUGUGACUGGCUUUUCUUGCGAUACAGCUUUCUACUCUGAUGUAUGUGUUUCUAAAGAUCCCGUGAGGAUCGAUAUGAAUUCCAUGACAGUCUAUCUAUCACCAAACUGGUCACUUCCUUCAGUAACUAGGACUGUACGACCGUAUGCCAGGAAGUUCGACAACAUGACAAUGGGUAUAAUCAGUAAGGUGGAGGUACUCCGUGGCGCCGAAAACAAAUCACUACCUCUGUGCGACGUGACUCAUACUGUGCCAGCUGUCAUAUUCUCCACGGGUGGCUUUUCCGGGAACUUGUUUCAUGAAUUCAAUGAGGUGAUUAUUCCAUUGUUCCUGACAACCUACCACUUCCGGUCCCAACUCCAAUUCAUCAUUGUUGAUCACUUAUCAUGGUGGGUCUCAAAAUAUAAUCGGAUUCUGUCCCACUUAUCUAACCGCAACGUCAUCAAUCCUCUUGAUGAUGGAAAGGUACAUUGCUUUCCUGGAGCAGUUAUGGGUCUUAAGUACCACAACAACCUCGCCUGCAACACUAGUGAAAUCCCUGGUGGGUACUCCAUGAUUGAUUUCAAGACAUUCCUGAGACAUUCAUACAGUUUGCAUAUAAAGAAUGAAAGGGAGAUCGAGAAACCUGUUCUUGUGCUGGUUUCCCGUAAACACUCGAGAGUGUUUUUAAAUGAACAUGAGAUAGUGACAUUGGCAACAGAAUUAGGCUUCCAAGUUAUCACCGCAACACCAAACCAGAUGUCGAAUUUGCAAAGAUUUGCUAGUGUUAUGAACUCGUGCAGUGUUCUAUUGGGAGUGCACGGUGCAGGUCUCAGUAAUGCAGUGUUCUUGCCUGAAGGAGCAGUGGUGCUGCAGGUGGUUCCCCUAGGGCUAGAAUGGGCAUCCACAGUGUAUUAUGCUUACACGGUUGGUGACAUGGGUCUGCAUUAUUUGGAAUACAAGAUUAAUCCAGAAGAGAGCUCAUUAUUUGAAAAAUACGGUCCAGAUAAUCCAGUAAUUACUGAUCCAGCAUCAAUACGUGACCAAGGUUAUUCAGUUGAAAGAGCUGUGUAUAUCGAUGGACAAAACAUUAAAAUCGACCUGUCGAGGUUUAAGGAGACCUUAGUACAAGCACUGACACUCACUGGUCGGUCUGAGGUUUUAAAGCAAGGGAAGAAGGAGAGCUAAAUGUUCUUGGUCUUGAAUUUUUGGAAAGGUACUGGACGUUUAUCUCCCUGAUGUAGUGUAUAUCGAUUCAUCAUUCUUUCCAUUUUUACAACCCUGUACAUUCUUCAUUUUUGGUAAUGUUUCCAUUACAUUCUCACACUGACAGAACAUUCUGAAUUAGCACUUGCAAAUUCUCGAUGGUAUUGUGGACUGGCACAUUGGCCCAUUAUGUACUUUACCUGUUUACCA